GAUCAUUUCAGUAAAAAUGGCGACCUUACUCUUGAUAGGGUGUUUAACUUGUGUAUGUAUAUUAAGUAAAGUAUACUGCCAAAUAUUGAUCUGACCACUCAGACCCCUCGUGACUUCACACGGAACGAUUAAAUUGCACUAUAAGAGCGAAACUAACCAUAACUGGUUCAUUCCUGAUUUUGACUUUCAGAAAGACACUAACAGGUCUCUUAUAGGAAAAGCUGAACAAAAUGAGACAAAUCAUCUUGAUUGCCUUGGUACUGGUGGCCAUCCUGGUUUUAGCCGAUGCAGGAAAAUGGAAAGGUGAAGGAAAAGGGAGACGUCAAGGAAAAGGGAGAGGUCAAGGUAGACGCAUGAUUUGCUCAGAAGAUUCUGACUGUACCGAAAAGAACCCUGACUUCACAUGUAGAAAUGGCCGCUGCAGGCCUGAGGGAAACGGUAGACCAGGAAGAGGUAAAGGAAAAGGGAAAGGUAGACCUGGCAGACGACAAGGCCAACUAACUUGCUCCGAAGAGUCAGACUGCACUGAUAGGAACCCUGACUUCAUAUGUGAGGAAGAGCGCUGCAAGCUCCAAAACUGUGAUGUUGGGACUGAUUGUCCCACAGGGAAGACAUGUGAGUCUUUGGCCAGGAGAAAGGUAUGCCUGUCACCACCAUGUACCGGUGACGCUGAUUGUACAGCUGAGGGAGAAAAAUGUCUCAGGACAUUCCCAAAGAGAAAGACCUGCAGAGCACCCCGUACCUAAAAAACAUUGUACAUUUUACUGAGCAACGAAGAAACAUUUAGAGAACCCCAUAGUAGAUUCCUAACAAUACGCAAAUAAAUCCAGAAAGACCUGCAGGCCUGCAACACUGUGUUAAUCUGUAAACAUAUACUCUAUCCAGAAAGAUCUGCAAACUACCCUGUCUGUUUAUCGAAACAUAAAAGAAAGAUCUGCAGAUCACCCUGUAUUGACUCUUAACAAAACAUAAGAUAAUAAAUAUCUAAAGAGCACCCUGUAGAUUAAUACAAGCUCUUAACAAUACUUUCCUGAACUUAUAGGACAUACCGGAAUAGUUCAAGGCUAGAUUUUAUGGCAGUAUGAAAUAUUAAUUGUGAAUGUAUCAUGGAACAAUAGAUUAAUAAUGUAACAUUAACAAUGUGUUUUCCAUAUAUCAUGCAAUGAAUUGUCUCGUAUUGUAUAACUUUUGGCAGUAUUGUUGCUUGUCAUGCUACCAUACAAACCACCUAUUGUUCACAAAUAGCCUAUUAGAAAUAAUUCAUGAUAAUUGUGUAUAGACUUAUUUGGAAUAAAUAUUUUCUACCUCUUUACAAUUGAA